UUUUUUUUUUUCUUAAUAAAAUGCCAUCACCUCCUAAGCCUUGGGAAGUAAAUAAUACAAACAGCAAUGGAAUGACAGCUAUUACAUCGCCUACUACAGCAGCAACUUUAGCAACAACAACAGUACCAGAAAUUCCAAGUAGAUCAACAAUAACAACAAACUCAGCAUUGCCUACUAGACCUACUGCAGGUUAUAAUACUGGAUAUAGUUCUUUAGGCUAUGGUUCAAGUUAUGGCGGUUAUGGUUAUAAUCGAUAUGGCAAUACAUAUGGUGGCUAUGGUAGUGCCUAUGGUGGUUAUAAUGGUUAUGGUGGAGGCUAUGGAGGCUAUGGAGGCUAUGGAGGUUAUGGAAUGAAUCGAUAUGGUAGCACAUUGGGUCGUAUGGGAGGUGGACCUAAUGGGCCGGAUGAUGUGAGUUUAACUCAACGUAUGGAAAUGGGAACUCGGCCCGCUUUUGAAGUGAUAGAAAAUAUUGUUGGUUCCUUUGGUGGAUUUGCUCAAAUGUUAGAAUCUACCUUUAUGGCUACACAUUCUAGCUUUAUGGCCAUGGUUGGAGUUGCUGAACAAAUAGGAUUUGUUAAGAAUUAUUUAGGACAAGUCUUCAGUAUCUUUGCAUUAUAUCGAUUUGUAAAAAAAGUGAUGAAUAAGAUAACAGGUCGUCACAAUCCAACUUUAGAUAUAAAUGUAAUAGAUUUUGAGAAUUUUGAACGGAAAUCAUCUACAACUGUUUCAGGAUCUAAAAUGUCUCGUAAACCAUUUAUUAUUUUUAUGUUAAUAGUCAUCGGUCUUCCUUAUAUGAUGCAUAAAUUGAUCAACAUAAUUACUGCAAACCAAAAGAAGCAGCUAGGUCUACAAGGAAUUGUUAAUAACACGAAUAGUAAUCUUGCUAGCAUUGAUCCUACUAAACUUGAAUUUGCUCGUGCUAUGUAUGACUUUACAGCAGAAUCUCAAAUGGAAUUAAGUCUUAAAAAAGGUGAUAUUGUUGCUAUUAUUUCGAAACUUGAUCCUGUAACAAAUACUACAAGUCAAUGGUGGCGUGGUCGUUUAAGGGAUGGUACAAUGGGUCUUUUCCCUGCAAAUUAUGUAGAAAUAAUCCAAAAGGCUAAUUCAGUAUCAAAUGAUAAUCAAGAUAUAUUGAAGAAAGAAGAGCCAAGUACACAACAGCAAGAAGUUACUACAAAAUUAAUAUAAUUUGUUUUAUAUGUAUUCCCCUUUAUUUUAUUUUUUCUAUAUUUAUUAUUCUUUACAUACCAGUGCUUUUAAUAUAAAUAUUUAUG